AGCUGYWAAUUUCAAUUGAAACAAUGGGCUCUAAGACUUUCGCUCCACUCGUAUGUUGUAUCGCACUGGUGGUGGUGAGUGCCUCACCAUACGGUCAUCAUGGACAUGAUCAUGGAGGUCACAGUGCUUCCAGUCACGCUUCAGUACAUUUAGUCUCACACGACGAUCAUCAUGUGCAUUUAGUUUCACACGACGAUCAUCAUGGUGACGAACACGGACACGGACAUGGACACGAUGAUGGACAUGACUCACAUGCUGAGUAUCACUUUAGUUACGGCCGUGAACCCACACACCAUCAUGUACCAGAUCAUGGACACACCAGUUAUCAUGGUGGACACGCCGAGGUUGAAUCGCACGAUGAUGGUGGAGAUGGUGGGGAUGGUGGUCAUGGCCACGGUCAUGAUUAUGGGCAUGGUUAUGGACACGGACACGGACAUGGCCACGGUCAUUCCAGCGGCUUCUCAAUCAAACAAGAACAUGGUGUUGCAGUUCAUCAYCAUGGUGGUCAUGAUUUCGGUGGACAUGGUGGUCAUUAAA